GUCAUUCAAUCACAUUAAUCACCACUAGAUGUCACACUCAAUAACAACGGGUCGUACACUAAGUACGUGUGAGACGGGCGCCAAACUUAGAGACUGUGACUCAUUACCGCAUUUUCUGACCAAAUAUGACUCGUUUACCGAAAUCAAUACAAUCACCAUAAAAGACAUCACCAAUUGGUUCACUUAUACUCAUUGUUGACCAUCAAACUCAUGAACAAACACUUUGCAGACAUUUUCAGACAUUGGAUGAGAUUAUUAUCACUCAAAUGACUAAUCAUUUCCUAUAAAUCUAUUUAUAUCUAAUAAUUGUCUUUUCAUUUAAUUGGUUGCCAUAAAUAUAUUCAUCAAUUGUUGACCCAAUUCUUGACGCCAAACCAAACCAUUGAUGACUCGACACAAAUGUCUUAAUACAAGAGAUCGUGGCCUCAAAUGUCUUGACUUAAGUGAUGAACUAAACGUGAGGUUAAUAUUGCAAAUUUAAUGCAUGACAUGAAGCUAAUUCAUUGACUAAUUGAUGGCCUCAACCAAGAGUCCAAUCAGUGAGAUAACCAAUCCAUUGAUAAGCGUCGAUAAGAUAAAACUCGGUUCAGAAGAGAUAUCUUUAAUUCAGGACAGCACUGAUGAUCUUCAGUGGUGUGCAGAAGUUGAUUAUCAAUAUAAGAGCGAUGCAAAUACUAGUUAUUGCCGGUCGGCACCAAAAAGUGUAUUUGAAAACUCAUUGUUGGCCUCCUCUUCAAACAGCUAUAUAACGCCUCCUUCACACGACUCGUCUAAAUAUGUAAACAUUUGUAACAAAUUGGACGCAAAUUUGGCUGAAAUAGACAUCGAGACGUUCAGAAGUGAGGACAUAAACGCUGUUUUCUUGCAGAACACGGCCAAUGACUCUCUGUCACUCUCGCGAUCUAUUUUUGAUGAAUCAGUCUCUUUAAGUUCUUAUCAGUCACUUAAUAGUGGCGAAGAGCUCUCUGAAGAUACUAAUGCUAUAAACAGUGAAAACAUUGAUAAUACAAAAUUAAAUGGCGAUAAAAAUUAUUUUAAUGAUAUUUCAGUGGACAGUCUAGACUCGAGUUUAUUUGAAAAAAAUACAUCAAAAUUAUUACAAAAGUGUACCAUAAGAGACAAAAAGAAUUACACCAUUGCUUUUGAGGGAAGUAUCACAUCAUCUCAAGAACUCAAUGGUUUACAUAAUGAUAAAGUAUCCGAUUUGAAUAAAUCUAAUUUUUAUGAAAAUAAUGAAAAUGUCAAAAAUAUGACAAAAUCCUCACAACUUGAAGACAAGUUAUGUAAUAAAAGCAAUAGAUUAGUAAAAGGUGUGAUCAAAUUGAAUGCAAAAUUAACUCAAAGUAUUCCCGACGUUAAGACUUUACUUAAAAUGAAUGGAGAGUAUAGAUUGCCUUAUUGUCCGGUCAGUGGUUUUAUACCAUUAUAUGAUUUGCAAAGUAGUCAAUCAUCAAACUCGCAUUCAUCUGGCAGUGAGUUUAGUCCACCCCGUUCUCUAGUUAAGGCAUUUAUGCAGAAUAGGUCUCCUUUUUCAAGUCAACAGAUUAGCCCAUCACUCAGUUAUGAGAGUCGUUCUCAAGAAUCAACUGCUGGUAAUACACCCGACGCUUCAUUCAGACCUAUUUAUUACAAUAUUCUUGAAAUGGCUCGCGAGGCUAAUAAUAAUAUUAUGUUAGAAAAUAAAUCUAAAAAAUCGGAUACAUUUGGCUCUUAUAUGACUACAAAUGAUGAUAAUAUAUAUAAAAAUACAAGAUUUGAAUCUCAAAGAAUGUAUACUUUCCCGAUCAAAGAAGUCGAUGAAAAUAUAUCGGAUUCGUUUACAACUGAUAUCAAUAUGAAAAGUGUUGAUAUAAAUGAAAUCAAUUCUAACAUCUCUGAUGUCAAUCGAAAUCCACUGAAUUUAAAUCCAUUUCUUCAGUCACAACCAGAGUCUCAAAAGAAUUAUUCCAAAACAAAUCCAUUGACCAAAGCUUCACAUAAUAGCGAUGCAAACUAUUGUACCAAUCCUUUCAUUUCACGAUCUAAUCAACAAAAUAUAAAUCAAAGAUAUAAACAACCGAUUUAUGCAACUCCGAGCUCCCGAUCGGCAAACACUCAAUUUGUAAAUCAGAGUUCAUUUACAUCAGAUAUGACUUUUCAACAAAAUCUUAAUUAUGUGCCCAAUCAGACACCAUUGAUGACACCGGAAUCACCAAACGAUUCAUUGAAAUCUGUUUAUGUUUAUUAUCCUAAUUAUUCAUUACCUGACUUAAGCUUUUUGGAACAAAUACUUGAAGAACAAUCUAAUAUUGUACCACAAAAGGUCUAUAUGUCGCCUACUAAACAUCAAAUGCCUGCCAGAGAGUCGGUAUCCGUUAAAAUGCGUCAAAAGACUCGACCAAAAGGAAGGCCCAAAUCAUUCAACGAUUUUGAGAGUCUUUCGAAACAAAAUUUUAAUCACAUUAAGGAUUGGGAUUCACUUAAUAUACUUCUGCCGAACGAAUUUAAAGAGUUGUUUCAAAAGGUUAACAAUAUUUCGAAUACAACUAAUGAAACAAACAAUGAAUCAGAAGUUUUUGAAAGUUUUCAAUCAAAUGUCACAAAUGGUGUACGAAUGCGAACUCAUCGAAGCAAUGGACAGUUAUUUAAUAAGAAUCAGUCGUCGAAUAGAAAAUACAUUCGAAACAAACGUUUUUCAUUACAAGAAUAUCCAUUUUCAGCAUUUUGUGAGCCACAACCCGAGUGCCAUAUUAAUGAUGAGCUCAAUAAUACCGGUAUUCAUAACAUACCGAUAGGAAUGCCUCGAAGCGUAACAAUGCCUAACUGUCACAAUUCAUGUCAUUGUCAUCAACAUUGUUGCCAUAAUUGUUGCCAUUCUUGCUGUCGAACCCCACGACAGUCACCGAUGACCUCAGCAGACAAACCCAUUGUUCAGACGCCAUAUACUGAUAUAAACACCAAUUCUAUCGAUAAAUUAUGCCAAUUAUUGGCAAUGGAUUUGAGUUUUAAAAAACUUAUGAAUAUAAUUAAUGGACAAAAUGUAUCAAUAAAUAAAGGAUCACAAUCUGAAAAUUGUACUCAAAAUACACCACAAAAUGCUUUUAAUGAGAAUAUCGAUAACGGCUACGAAUCGACUAAAACGGCUAAAUAUAACACCGAUUCAAACAGCUUUAAAGAGUUAAAACAACGCUGGGAGUCAUUGGCUACAAUCACCUCAGAUAUUAAAUUAAAACCUAACAGUUCUAUCAAUGGUGUUAUAAAUCAAGAGAGUAUUGCCUCCAAAGUCGAAACCAAAGAUUCUACAUCACAGGUGAGGUCGAAACAGAUGUCAAAUAAAAUCGCGGGUAAACCAGAAAUCGCUCGAAAACCAAAAUUAGUUUUACGAAGACCUCAGUCAUCGAUUCCUCGGCCGACAACACUUAACACUGAAAACUCAACAAAUAGUCACUACAAGUCAAUGAUUCCGGUGCCCAAAACAGGCCAAACCAAGUCUAAUAGAGCUAUACAUACUUCUAGAGUCAAAACACAGACUGGGCUGAAGCCGGUUAAGCCAUAAUUAUACAGCAUUUUGUGAUUUUUAUUAUUAGAUGAAAUUUAUUUUUUAUUUUUAAAAGUAUAUAUUAUUUGUUUGUUAAUAACCAGAACUUAAUGUCAAAUUAAGAUAUAUUUAUCAUUAUUUAUCACUUUAAUGGCCAUAAAUUAGUAUGCGGUCAUAACCGUAAUAUAAAUAAAUAAUAAUUAACAAUUAACGACAUAUUAUAUAUUGAUUACUAUAUCCAUCACUAAGUUCUGAGUUAGA